AAUGUACUUCCGGGUUAGGUAAGUUCAGAGCUGGUGAUGGUGGUGGUUGGUGCAGGCAGCUGAGCUGUAACAAUACUUUCUGUUUUUCGUUUCUGAGAUAAAUAAUAACAUUCAAUAGUCAUUCUUUCAUUCGCCUGAUAUAUUCGGUGUCGUUUGGGGUUUAUGAAGCUGAAUGCGGAAAAGGACGCUUUAGCUACAAUGGACAGCCGGGUGCUUGAAAUGUGUCCUCUAAACCAGCUGUAGUUAUAUAGAAAUAGACCCCUUCCGAUCACACACACACACACACGCACGCACACGCGCGCACUCGCACACGCGCGCGCGGUCCGGUGGUUCUUUAGGCUGAUUGAGGGAUAUUUAGCUUGUGAAUGGUUCCUCGGUGUCACUUGGCAGAGCGGUGCAGCUGCUUUAUCUGGAAGUUUCUGGACGGCUGAGAGAGUGGAGUGGAGUGGAGUGGAGUGGAGUGAAGGGUGCUGUGCUGUUAGACAUGAGUUCCGCAGAGCAGGGGAAGGACUCACUUUUGUGUCCACACCACAAACAUGAAGAAGUGGACGCAGAAAGUUCUGCUAGUGAAGACACCAGACAGGGGACAGUCUUAUGUCUCUGCAACAAUGAGGUCAAGAGUCGAGCUGUGGUAAAGUAUUCUGCAGCACCACCUCCAGCCACGUAUGCACUUCUUCAGGAGAAAACAGAUCUAAAGCUUCCUCCUGCAAACUGGCUACGCCAGAGCGCCCAGCUCGGCUCCGCUGGCACCACUGUGUUUGGCUCAAGCAGCAAAAGCAAGCCCUUCUCUAGUUUUGGCAUGGCUUAUGAAUUUAUUGACUCGAUCGGCAACGAUGUUGAUGUGGUGUCUGACUCUGAGAACAUAAAGAAGCUGCUGAAGAUCCCGUACAGUAAGUCUCAUGUCAGCAUGGCAGUGCAUCGCGUGGGCAGGACUUUGCUGUUGGAUGAACUUGACAUUCAAGAGCUGUUCAUGAGAUCAUCACAGACUGGAGACUGGACAUGGUUAAAGGAAUUUUACCAACGCCUCAUUGACCAGAAGUGGCAGAGGAAGAAGAAAAGUAAAGAGCAUUGGUAUGAAAAGGCCAUCCUCUCCAAGUUCCUUUAUUACAGUAUAAAUGGAGACUGUGCUGCAGAGCCUGUGUCCUCAGAAUCAGACAGUUGUGCUGAAGCAGAGGAGGCAUGUGGAAGAGCGGAAUAUGGGCCGUCCUGGCCUGCCACUUUCAGCAGCUCAGCCUCAGAUUCGGACCAGUCCUCUAUUCCUAAAGAGGAGCAAGUGGAGAACACGUACGCGCUCGGCCAUGUCACCGCUGUUCCUAAAGAACAAAAUUUGCCGACGCUCUUUAACGAAGGAGAGAACAGCCAGGGAUUAAAAAACGAUUUUGUGCGGAACAUCCUUUGGACCUUUGAGGACAUCCACAUGCUAGUGGGAUCCAACAUGCCCAUUUUUGGUGGAGGCCGUUACCCAGCAGUGAGUCUGCGGCUCAGGGAUAAUAAUAAACCAAUCAAUAUUCUCACUGGUAUUGAUUACUGGCUGGAUAAUCUGAUGUGCAAUGUACCAGAGUUAGUCAUGUGUUUCCAUGUAAAUGGCAUAGUGCAGAAAUAUGAGAUGAUAAAGACAGAGGACAUUCCAGAUCUGGACAAUUCCACGUUUUCCACUAGGGUGGUAAAAGACAUUGCCCAAAAUAUACUUUCUUUCCUUAAAUCCAAUUGUACCAAAGAAGGACACACAUAUUGGCUCUUCAAGGCCAGUGGGAGUGACUUUGUAAAGCUGUAUGAUCUGACGACUCUGUGUGAGGAAGCACCAGAGGAGAAAUGCCAGAACCCCUUUACUUUGCCAGUGGCAGUGCUGCUUUAUAAAGUGGCAAGCAAUAUGAUGCUGAAGAAGAACCAAAAUAAGAAGCACUAUGGGACCAUCAGAACUCUGCUACUCAACUGUGUUAAACUACUAGACGAGGAAAAACAUUCUCAGAUCAUUGCUUCAGCUCACUACAUGCUGUCAGAGAUGUUUCAGCUGGACGACUCAAGUGAGGAGGAGGGCAGUGAAGAGUCUCUGCGCAACGGGGGUUCAGAGGACAGCUAUAGUGAGGAUGAGGAUGAAGAAGUGGAGGAUGAUGACAGCUGCUCAUACAGCAUGUCAUCAGAGAGUCCGGAGGACUGCAAGGCUGUGGCUGUGAUCAGAUCUGUGGAGGAGCUGUCAGUUCCAGAGAAAUACACAUCAACCCACAAGAUAAGGCCCAAUUGUUCGUUUCCUGUGUCCCAAGACAAAGAAGAGAAAUGUAGACUUGUACUUUGCUAUGUGCUAAAGGGCUUAAAGGCAGUGGAUAGCAGUAUUAAAAAGGAGAGUGACCUGCCGGCAGCUGACCCCAGCACUCCUAUUCCUCUGAAGUAUGAGGAAAGUGGAGCCAGAGCAGUGGAGAAAGAGAUUGCACUUCUGCUUGACAGAGCUGCUCCGUGUGGUGAGGGGUUGAAGAUGCCCAUGCGCUCAGGAAUGCUGCCUGGUUCCUGGCAGCACCAGAUGAAGCUGCAGCUCUUCCUAAAGGCAUCAAAAGCUUAUUAUGUGCUAGCUGAGGCUGCUACCAACUUGCAGAAGUAUGGCCGUGCGCUGCGUUACAUCAAAUUGUCAUUACAGUGUCAUGAUGCAUAUUGUGCUAUAUGCAGUGGGCUGCACCCAACUGUGCUGAUCUUCCACAGCCAGUGUCUGUCUCUGUGUGGAGAUGUGCAGUUGAUGUUGGCUCAGAAUGCCUCAAACAGAGCUGCCUAUCUGGAGGAGUACAGCUACCAAACCAGAGAUGACCAGGAGAUCCUACAUUGCCUUCACCGAGAGAGCUCCUGCCAAGCAUUCAGCAUGGCCACUGACCUGGCAACUGACCCGGAGUAUCAACUGUUUGUCAGCAGUAAGUGUUAUGAGGCAGCCCAUGACAUUUUAACCUCUGAAACUCUAAAAGACCUGAGCGCAGAGAAAAUACCUCAGGUUCUGAAGCGGCUCGGAAACAUCCGCAACGAGAUAGGCGUGUUCUAUAUGAACCAGGCGGCAGCAAUGCAGACAGAGAAAGAAGGGGUACGGAGGGCUGUGUGUGCAGCAGAGCAGGAGCUGUGGAAGAAAAGCUUCUCUUGUUUCGAGAAGGGCAUGCAGAAUUUUGAGGCCAUUUCAGACUCUGUAAACAAAGCCCUUCUGCUGUGUAACAUGGGCAGAUUGAUGCGGAUCUGCGCACAGGCUCAUUGCACCAUAACCACAGAUGAGAACCGAGGAGAGUUCUCACCUGAGGAGGCUCUCUACUACAACAAAGCAGUGGAUUACUAUCAGAGGGCUAUGAAGUGUCUGGGCAGUAGGGAGAGCCAUGCAGCUGUGUGGGAUUCCGUGAACUGGGAGCUCUCCACCACUUACUUCACUCUGGCUACACUACUGCAGGACUAUGCUCCACUGUCCCGCAAAGCUCAGGAGCAGGUUGAGAGAGAAGUAACAGAGGCAAUGAUGAAGUCUCUGCGACAUUGUGACCUCCAGACAGAAUCAGCCCGCCAGCCACUAUACCAGUACAGAGCAGCAACCAUCCACCACAGACUGGCAUCUAUGUACCACAGCUGCUACCGCAACCAGGUGGGUGAUGAGAGUGUUCGGAAGCAGCACAGGGCUCUAGCAGAGCUCCAUUACUCCAAAGCAGUGCGUCUCUUCCUCAGUCUGAGUGAUGCACCGUGUGAGUUGCUGCGCACACUGCUGGAGCGAGUGGCCUUUGCGGAGUUCACCAUGGCAGGACAGAGCAGUAGUGCAGUGAAAUUCAAAACCUUAACAGGAGCUUUGGAAAUAAUGUAUGACACUCGCCAUGCCUUCAACCUAAUCUACAAAGAGCUGGAGGAGCAAGAGCAAAAAGAGGCUGUGGUACGAGAAGACACAGUCAAACCUGAUGAGUCCUCUGAAGAAAGCCCUGCGUCUACAGGGUUGAAUACGCAGGAAGUGGUAAAGCUAAUUGGCAUCUUUGAGCCUAGUAUUUCUUUCUUGCUUCUGCAGCUGAUUAAACUCGGUACAACCAACAAACGUAAACCCAGCAGCAGUAAAGAAGAGGAGCAGGUGAAGGUCUACAAGCAGGUCUACUCCAGGCUAUUGCGAGCGGAUAAGAACAGCCCCCUGACCCAACGCAUUGCCCUCUAUAUGGAACUUCUGGAUCAACUGGCCUCGCCAGCAUAAACCAAAGGCACACCACUAAUCCUGCAUCUGAAUUACAAUGUGAAUCAUGUCAGAUCUUCAGUCUUAUCAAGGCUGUUGAACCUGUGACCAGACCCCUACCCUGCAGUGAAAUUCUUAUGAAGAGGUUUCUGGAAUGAGGCUUCCAUGUGAAUAUGAGUUCUCACCAAUGGUGCCUUGUUCUCACACUCAUGGCUUAUUACUGGCUAGAUUUUUUUUUAAUAAUUAUAUUUUAGUAUUAUUUGAGGUGAAACAGGCAGAGAUAUUUGCUUAACUCUAUCUAAUGUGAACAAGUUAAUAGGUCUUAUUCAGAACAAGAUUAAGAUACCGCUAUAUUUUACUCCUGGUUUAAUAAGAUUUUUUUUUCUUUCUAGAAGUGUCACAAUAUGGAUGAAUACUAUGUGCAAUAAUAGGGCAAUGUACAGGAUAAGCUCUGUCUGUUGAUGCUGUAUGCCGUAUUUUAUAUAGAUAUGUCUGUGUGCUAUAAAAAUUCUUUAUUAAAUUUUUGAAAGCAGAUUCAA